AUGGACAGAAGAAGAAAACAUAGCUUUGAUGGUGAGUUUUUGAUCUUAUUAUGACAAUAUUGUUGUUUAGAUGAGAGAGGACCAAAGAGAAGACGAGUUCUUGGCGGCGAUGGACAAGACACCGGAAAUGAGUUGUUGGACAAGAUCGCAAAUGCUGGAUUGAAUUCCAGUGUGUCGAUAGAAACUUGCUUGGAAUCGUUGGCCAAAGAGUUGUCAGACAAGUUACAAACCUACGAGAAAGAUGUCAUUGACUGUUUGUCUAAUUGUGUCGCUUACAAACCUGAGAGAAUGAGCGUCUACUCUACUUUGGGUGGUCUUCUUAAUCAACAAAGCUCCGAUUUUGGUGAUAACGUGAGUUUUUUUAAAUUUAUUUAGGUUCAUUUUAACAUAAAUUAUUUUCAAAUAAUUUUUUAGUAAGUUGACAUUUGGUAUAUAUUAUAACAUAAUAUUUCAGCUCGUAUCGCGUCUUGUUUCUGAUCUCAAAAAUCGCUUGGUAUCUCAGGAAUGGAAUAUUAUUGUAAGAAUAGUAAGUUUGGCUCUUUUUUUGCGUUUAUUAUAAUUUUAGGUAACAUAUUUGGGCGAUCUUGUUAAUUCGUAUGUUCUCACACCUGAUUCUAUUAUCGAAUUUUUCCUUGGAAUGAUGGAUAAUGCUACAGAGGUUAAUGUGAGUUUUUUACAGUGAUAUGAUAUUAUCUUCUUUAAAUAUACGUAUAUGAUAUAUAAGUUUAAAAAUUUCUUUUUUACAAAACUAUAACAAAAGUUAAUUUAGUUGUUGAACGAUUUCUACAUCUACUGUGUUAUGCAUGCUUUACCGUGGGUCGGAGCGACUUUAGCAGAGAAGAAUUUAUCUGCAUUGGAUGAGAUUAUGAUCAGUGUUAACAAUUAUCUUCAACUCAGACCCAAGACUCACAUUAAGAUUUUGGGUGUAUGGGAAGCUGGAUCUCCUCAUAAUCAAGAAGAUUACCUUGAAUCCUUGUGGAAGCAGCUUCAGAAUUUGAAGGAAGAGAAUUGGCUUGAACAUACGAUCAACAGGUUUUACGUUGGAUUCGAUUCUGUUCUGAAUCAAGCUGUUGCUCACAAUCUUCCAUCGUAAGCUCAUUCGUACUAUUCUUUCAAUAUAUUUUUGAUUAGGUGAAUAUAUCAAAACAUUUUGUUAUAUUUAUAUUUUAUAUAUUGUUUUCAGUAUCGAAUUUCCAAAAUUCAACGUUUCGAAUUCGAAUUAUCCUCUUCCAAGAGUUGUCUUCCGACUGUUUGAUCAAAGUGAUUGUCCUGAGAAUGAGCCCCCAUUACCUGCAGCCGACUCGAUUGACCGUUUCUUGGUAGAAGAAGAUGUCAAUUGGAUUAUAGACAACAACUAUUUAAAUUAUAAGAUUUGGUAGGUAUUGAGAAUUUAUUUUUAGUUACCAACACAAAAUGUAUUGGUUUUACGUGGCCAAAUAUUUAAAAAAUGUUGUUUUCAGUGCUAAGGAACUACUUGCAUACCAGAAGAAGGACACGGUACCAUUGAAUUACGUGGUAAUUGAAGUGGUAUUUAGUCAGUUGUUCAGAUUGCCAAACUCACCUCAUCUCGAGCUGUUUUACGGAGCUUUGUUGCUUGAGCUGUGUCGAACUGAAGCUUCUACCAUGCCUCAAGUAUUGGCACAAGCUGCUGAGUUGUUGUAUCAGAGGUGCAAGUACUUGCAUCCUUCAUGUUUGGAUCGACUGGUCGAAUGGUUUAGUUACCACUUAAGUAAUUUUCAAUAUCGCUGGUCUUGGGCUGAUUGGGUGGACAGCGUUAAGGUACGUUUAACGUUUUAGUUUAGAUGUAUUGCAAUAGAUAUAUGACGUGGUGUAUAAACUAAUUUAUGAAAACGUUAUAGUUGGACAUCUAUGACAAGCGCCAAAUCUUUGUUCGUGAAGUGUUCGAGAAAUGUCUUCGGCUGUCGUAUCAUGAAAAGUUAAUCCAAGUACUACCAGAAGAGUUCGCUCCUCUGAUUCCGCCGAAACCUGUAAUUUCGUAUGUUUUGGACGACAACGAUCAUCCAUUGUUCGAGCAAGCUAGCCAGUUUGCGGCAUGUAUUAAGUCACGGAAGGCUUCAGAAGACAUCCUACUGGAUCUCCAGAAGGAUCGAUUGUCAGCUGAAAACGUUGAGUAUGACCCUGAAAGUGUUUCUAUAUUCACUUCAGUUGUCCUAAACAUAGCUUCCAAAACGUUCAGUCACACUUUUGCUGCUUUUACCAAGUAAGUUGUACUAACCAUUUGGCCUUAAUGUUGCGCAAUAUGUAAAUUUAAUAGUUAUAACUAUUGUUUAAUAAUCUUGUUUAUGGGCACAAUUAUUUCUAUUUUUUAUAGGUACGUUGAGUUGUUCCGAACAGUAUGUCGUGACAACAAAGACAUGCAAGCGGUUGUACUACGGUCGAUCUACGAAGCAUGGGCAAGACACAAACAAAUGUUGUCGGUGUUGGGCGAUAAGUUGCUGAAGAUGAGGAUCGUUGAACCUGUCAGUUUGAUUGUUUGGGCAUUUUCAGAUGACUUGAAGGACGAAUUUCACAGGUAGAAUGGGUUUUACAUUUAUUUUAACUAUAACGUAGAGAUAUUGUUUAUGAUUAUUAUGUUUAGGAGCUGGGUCUGGGAGCUGGCUAAUUUGGCGGUCUACCGUUUGUUCUGUCAAGUGAAUGUCUUGAGGACUGAAGUCGGCGUUCUUCGUCAACAAAGUGAAAGGCAAAAGAAGUUCCAGGCAUGUUUUUAGUGAUAUAAUAAUAUAUUACAUGUUAUUAUUUAAUUAUUUUUUUUUCAAUUUAUAAUGUUAUUUGUGGAUAAUAUAUUGUUUUAGAUGGUUGACGAAGCUGGAGAGUACGAAGAUGUUGACGGUUUGAUAGAAGAACGAAAGAAGGAACUACAGUUCCUUGACCACGAAUUGAAUGACAUAAUCUUACUAAUUUCUCACAAGUUUACUCAAGCCUUGACACACUUAAUUAGUGAACGUAGCCAAGAAAUGGAAGACGGUUCUGCUGAAUAUCAACUUAAAUUCAACUUUGUUUUGGGUCGAUUCAAGCAGUUCUUUUUAAACGUAAGUUUAUUACUAUAGUGUAAUGUUAUUCAGACUUAUAGUUGCAUUUUAUAUAGAGUAAAAAUUUUAAUUUUUAGAAUCUGGAGAUUAUGUGGGAAAGAAGCGACUUUCUCCAGAAGGAAGUCUUUUCUGACGACCAGGUUCAUCCACAAAUCAAGGAAAUCUACGAGCAGUUCUGUUCUCUCAAACGGGCUUAA